AUGCCUGUGGAAGACACAGCAUUUUGGGUCAUGUUGGGUACUCUUACUCGCGGGCAUACGCAUGUCAUUGGGAACAAAGAGCAGGCUACCAUGCCGAAGCGGUACGAGCCGGAACCGCAUUUGUCUACUGAAGGAGGUACAUUCAUGAAGAUACUCGUCGCAUCGACGAUACAUCUUGUCCUGGAGCACCUGGCCUUACCUGGAAUUUCCGUAGAGGACACUGCGGUGCCUACAAAUCUUGCGGCGACCUCUCUUCGUUUCGAAGACGACAUCACAAAGCAUCUCCCAGAGAAUCGAACGUCCAAACCGGAUGAGUGGGAUGGAAAGGUCCUCAGGGACGAGGACUAUUCCUCACAGGAUUUUCUCCCGAGAGAGCAGAGCCGCUACAAUGCCCUUAAAGGUCGGCUGCGCCCCAUCGUUGAGACACCCAUGGUGGAAGACUCUCAAGCAUCGUCAGCGACACAACCACAGCAUUUACCCCUUGCUGCAAACGAUGAAACUUCCGAUGUUCGCGAAUCUGUUGUCGCGCUCUUAUACGCUGUGGCGGAGUUGGACGUAGAGGCGCUCUACAGAGUCAAGCUGUUCUCCGAGAUGUGGAAGUCUGCCACCUCGUGGCCUAGUUUUACUGCCCAAGAGUUCCUCAUCACCACCUUUUUGAAUCGUCUUACCAAGAUUCGGAAUACAGACAUUCGCGAAGCUAUCGAAAACUGGGCAGCCAUUAGCUCUAAUCGCGAGAGCGAGGUAUAUGAACUCAUUCAUAACCGAGAUGAGACAUCCAACGCUCAGCCGUCCACCGGAGAUCUCCUCAUCCUCGAAGAAGGUUCAGUCACCACGCUCGGCAUCUCGCAAAAUGACCUCUCGAAUCUCUGUACAAGCUACGACCACCGGUUACUCGAAAAGAUUGGCAACCUUUUGCGCUACACAAAGAUCUCUCCCGCAGGAGAUUCUACUAGUACAAAACGCUUCAUCGACGUCGGAAAGGCCCUUCCUCAGACCGUCUUUCGUCUGCUUCCCCAUCUGGCUUUCGAGGGGAUGCUUUACUCGCCUCGUACUGCCAUCAUUCUCGCAAUCGUCGCAAUCACUGCUGGAAUUCCACAUCUCGAGCGGCCCGCUCGUGGUGUGGUCGAAGGUAUGGCGGGUAAAUGGAUCGAUGCACGAACUCCAGAAAACUUUACGACGCAAUUCAUUUCCUUUAUCCUUUCCGCUCCGUGUUCAGAGGAAGCUUUAUCCUCUGAAGAACGCGCACUGUACCUCAAUAUGGCGCGGUACGCAUAUCUGGAGGAGCAACUGGAUAUAAAGCUCCAGGCGCGCGUACCGUGGACACCAAUGAAGACCCGCGGCAUCGGCGAUAGGAAGCGAGUGUGUGAAGGAUGCGGUAUCCGUCGUUCGGAGACGAUGAUGCAUCAAGUUGGAUCGUACGAAGAUGGAGGAAAGGCAGGGAACGACGAAGCCAUGCGAUGUGGGAUGUGCGUCGACUCUGACAAAAAUCCACAAGAUUGGCGAGAUCUCGGCGAAAUUCAUAGUUGCUGGGUGGAAUGCUCUGAGCGUUGGUGUCGAGCUCAGUAUGUCAUCGAAGACGAGGAUGGUCUGCGAAUACCUCCUCGAUGUUACUAUUGUCGUAAACGAAAGCCGUGUCCCUGGAUCGAAUGCACCGUUUGCGCAAACCGCAUCGUCCUCCCAAAAUCAUACCGCAUCCCGCCAGACGACACCCUCGAUUCUUUCGUCUGCCCACCAUGUCGCAAUGAGAAGCACACCGGCCACAAGACUAUUGUUCCAAGGCUUACCACCCUGCGUUCCAUCCUCUUCGCCAAUGCAUAUCGCGUCGAAUGGCUUGGCGUCCAGCCGUUUAGAGAGGUUUUCCGUGGACGGACUACGUUCAUGCUCUGGGAACUGUAUGGCAAUGACAUCUUUGCGCCUGCUCCACCGCUCGCCUCGUCACCCCCUCCUUCCCCAGCCUCCACUCGAACAAUGCCUACCAGGAGGAUGCAACUCAAUGGAAAGAAACUGUUAAACGCAGCCGAGAUAAAGGACGAGCUCGAUGCAGGAGUGGAGCGCCGAUUGCACGUUAGGACGGUUCUUUGUCCGAUUACGUUUGAACACGUCCCAGAAUCCGAGUUAACUCGGGUGUGUUUGAACGACGCAUGUGACUUCCUGGCCAGUCUCAAAGGCCUGAAGCGCUGGUACACAGAUGAUUCGCCGCGUGCCGAUCCAUCGUUUUCGUUCGACUUCUUCCACGCAGAAUCAUCUCAGUGGCAUCCAAACUCUGUUGAGCCUUCGUUGAGUGCCGACAUCAACCAACCAUGCUCACAGAGUCACGACCUUUCAGUAAAGAACUGCCGACAAGUUCUUGAAUCGGGUCAAUCUGCUGCAGAUUAUCACGCAGCACUCCUCUGGGAACGCUUUCUGAAGCAACAACCGGGGGACGAGGCUUCCUUGAUAUCAAAUCCAAUCAGCCUUGAAAUGCGGACUCGUUCCCUUUUUGCGCAUACGGGUGACCAGGUGAGCGGAUUGAGGACUGAGGAGCUUGUGUCGCAUAAUAUUCGAUUCGGAUCGCCUCCUUCACAAUAUCUCGAAGACUUCGGUAACGGUUCGGAUUCGACUUGUGUCUCAGUGAUUCGUGGCUCGGGCUCGGGAUUCAAUGAUGUGUAUGAGCAGACGUAUGCUGACCAUGUCCAUCUUCAAAGGGGCGGUCUCGGGUUUCGUGAUCAAAGCCAGACGUUACAACCUCGACACACGCCUUCUUCCUACCCCGUACGGGCACCGGAUUGGGAUUAUCACCUAUCUUCGAAAGCACCGACAGGCUCCGUUCCCUCAAAACGUCAUUCGACUAGCUCGCCAACAGCGAUCUCUCCACCACUAUCAAAAAGGGCCACCAGACGGAGCCGGCAACAAUACUCCAAGUUUGCGAGCGUCGAAGCGCUCUUAUUGACACUCCCAACUCUCAAUAGGAGUGAGGCUCACAUCGAGUUUCUUGAUCUCUUCCUCCGCAGUGAUCACUACCGGCUCGACCUCCUGGAGCCUGUUGCGGGGAGCGCGGAAGCAUAUCAGUUCCAGACGUUUGGGCACGACUCUUUACAGAACAUCAAGUCAGGAUCGUCGAUUUUGCUUGCCCUCGUCGAGAUUCGUGAUCGGGCUUAUCGGUGGCUCUGGGAUGCGUGCGAGGUUGUUUGA